CAACGCCACUACUCAGCUGCCAUUCACAAUCAGCUGCUACAAAAAAAUUUGUUCUACCUUAAACGAACGCUUUAUUUUUGGCUUGGAAUUAGUGAAAAAUUUUAAACAAAAUAAUACUUCAAAAUGAAGCUGCUGCACAAGACUUUCUUGUGCGCGCUUAUAGCGUUAGUCGGCUGCCUAAUAUUUGUCGCCGCACAGGGUAAACAACAGAAGACGGGCCUGUCUCUAUCGGAAAAGGUUCAAAAUCUGGUGGAUAUGAACAUGAAGAAGCCCCUGUUGCGUUUCAAUGGUCCCAAAUUCCGCGAGUAUGUGAAAAAUACGCCGCGCAACUACUCAAUGAUCGUGAUGCUUACGGCACUGGCGCCUUCUCGCCAAUGUCAAAUUUGUCGCCAUGCCCACGACGAAUUUAGCAUUGUGGCCAACUCGUAUCGUUUCUCGCCAAUCUACUCCAAUAAGCUAUUCUUUGCCAUGGUCGAUUUUGAUGACGGUUCCGAUGUGUUUCAAAUGUUGCGUCUGAACACGGCGCCCGUUUUUAUGCAUUUCCCGGCCAAGGGCAAGCCAAAAGGUGCGGAUACCAUGGAUAUUCAUCGUGUGGGCUUUGCUGCUGAUUCGAUUGCAAAAUUUGUGGCCGAGCGCACGGAUAUCACAAUACGCAUCUUCCGUCCACCAAAUUAUUCGGGCACAGUGGCCAUGAUUACUCUCGUUGCCUUGGUUGGUAGCUUCUUGUACAUACGACGUAACAAUCUGGAAUUUUUGUACAACAAAAAUUUGUGGGGAGCAGUGGCGCUGUUCUUCUGUUUCGCCAUGAUCUCGGGUCAGAUGUGGAAUCACAUACGUGGACCGCCGCUAGUGCACAAGACACAAAAUGGAGGCGUUGCCUACAUACAUGGCUCAUCGCAGGGUCAACUGGUCGUGGAGACCUACAUUGUCAUGUUUUUGAAUGCUAUGAUUGUGCUCGGCAUGAUUCUGCUGAUCGAAUCGGGCACACCGAAGGCUCACAAUCGUAAUCGCAUGAUGGCGAUGGCUGGUCUAGUACUUUUAACGGUAUUCUUUUCAUUUCUGCUAUCCGUAUUCCGUUCCAAGGCGCAGGGUUAUCCAUAUAGUUUCUUGUUUAAGUAAAAACUGGCGCCCCAAAAGAAGUUCGAUUGGAACGUUAUUAACGUAUUAUUAACGUUUUAUAUAUAGUUCAAAUUCCAAAACUAAAAUAAAACCACACAAAUCACUAAAACACGUCUAAUAAAUA